AAAGUAUAUAAAGAUAACUCAAUCGCGAAUCACGUCAAGAGCGUGCUCUAAGCGCCUUGCAAUAUUUAAGCCUAAUGGAAAAGUUUAUGUGUAAAAAUGAAGUGAUGGCUCCGUUUCUGGACAAGUUGGGGGACCGUGUUGUGGCCAGCAGUGGGAUUCAAAGUGACAGAUAUCAUCUUGGCAAAUUAAUAUUUCAGAAUGUAAAGGAUAAUCCCGAUUUAGUUAUGCAGAUUGACGGCAGAACAGGCGAAUCAGAAACCAACGGAUCAGUAUUAAGGAGAAGUGUACAAUGUGCCACCGUCUUUAGGAAGUUAGGUUUAAAAACUGGUGACGUCAUCAUUUUGAUGGGUGCCCAUCAUUUGGACCAGGCUGUGCCAUUGUAUGCUGCGCUGUACCUUGGAAUUGCUACCGCUACCAUUGAUAGAACUCUGUUAGUUGGUGAGUUAGAAGCCACCUUCAAUAACAUAAAACCGAAAAUGAUCUUCUGCGAAAGUGAAAAAGUUUUAGAUGUAAAAAAAGCUGUCAGUCAGUCAGGUUUGGACUCGAAAAUCAUCAGUUUCGGUGCAAGUCCUGACACGAUGAGUUUUUCUGAAAUGAUGGAGACGUGUAGAGAGGAGAUUGAUGUGGACAAUUUCAAAUUAGCUGACUUCGACCCAGAAGAAACAAUUGCCUAUCUAGUAUCCACAAGCGGUACCACGGGACUGCCCAAAUCUGCUAUAGUGACACACAUGAAUAUGGCGAUUUCGGGAGGUUAUAUUUUUACUUCAGCCAAGAAAUUCCCCCCAGUGCAAUCAGUGCUCAUUGUGGCUCCUCUGCAAUGGUUGUCAGCUCUGAUCAACUAUGUAAUGGGCCCAAUAUUUAACUACUGGAGGAUACAAUCGUCUGCACCCUAUACGACUGAACAUAUUCUAGAGUUAAUUAAGAAAUAUGAGCCAAAAUUCUUGAUAUCUAGUCCUCCAAUGAUGGCCACGUUAAUGAAGGCGGCUGCGAAGGAGAAUUGCGAGUUCUCCUGUUUCGAUGUGAUAUAUCUUGGGGGGAGUGCUGUGCCACGAGAGAUGAUAGAUGAGUUGAGAAGAUUGGUACCGAAAGCAGUUGUUAAUGACGUAUAUGGAAUGAGCGAGGUUGGUUCUCUUGUGUUUUCCAACCACUCGUCUCCAAUUGGAUCCAGUGGAAAACCUUUACCGCACAUUAAAUACAAGUUGGUCGACGUGGACACAGGGGAAGAAGUAAAAGAGCCUUACAAAAAGGGAGAGCUAUGGAUCCAAACUCCUGGAUAUUUUAAGGGCUACUACAACAAUCCAGAGCCGACAGCUGAAGUGCUGACUGAGGACAAAUGGUUCAAGACUGGUGACAUGAUGUACAGAGACGAAGAAUGGAACUUCUUCUUUGUCGAACGCAUCAAACUGCUGCUGAAGUAUAGGAAUCAUCAGAUUUCUCCAGUAGAGCUAGAAGGUGUGAUUCGACAACACCCUGGAGUGUUGGAUGUGGCUGUUACCAGCCUUUCCGAUCCAGAUGAUGGAGACUUGCCUGUGGCCUGUGUAGUGCAACGCCCGGGUUUCGACCUCACCGCUGAUGAUAUUAAGAACUUAGUCAAAGAAAACCUGACAGACACCAAACAUUUAAGAGGUGGAGUUAUGUUCCUGAACGAGCUACCUUUGACCACAACAACCAAAGUACACCGACGAAACCUGAAAACACUCGUAGCAGCGAAGGUUGAUGAACUGUUGUGAUGUUGAUAUUAUUAUUUUAAUAAAAAUAUACUUUGUUGUUAUAUA